CGCCUCUAGUUUUCCAUUGCCCAUUAAAUUUCAUAAAAUCCUCUUCCUGAUCGAAUUAGGUUUCUAGGACCAUCAAAAAAUUUCUAGGAAAAUAGUAUAUUCGUCAGAUGCUGGGAUAUGGGCUCUGAUAAGAUCACACGUCAGUGACAGCUUCGUUCACAUGCAUGCCAGUCUAAGCAAUGCCAUGCCCGCCAUAUUUUGAUCCAUCAUUAACAAUCUCUCAUAAAUAUCUACCCAAUAGUAUAUAUAUGUCCAUCAAAUCCCUAGUUUUUCUUCGUAUCCAAAAUCUGAAAAAUCUUUCUUGUUCUUCCCCUUCCUUCUGCCCUUUGCCAUCAUCAUCUUCUUCUUCUUCUUCUUCUUGUUUUUUCAGAGAUGGCAAUUGAGCAGUUUCAGGACAUUGAGAAUGGGGAGAACAGUAUUGGGCUUGAGGAUUUGGAGGAGCCCUUUAUUGAGGCCAAGAAAAUUGCAGAUUCUGAGGGUGAAGAGAGUGAAAUCACGGAAGAUAAUGGCUCCAUCGGAAUGGUCUUGUUCAGCACUGCAGUUGCAGUUUGUGGCUCUUUUGAGUUUGGAUCAUGUGUGGGCUUUUCAGCUCCCACUCAAGCUGCCCUGAGGGAAGACCUCAAUCUGUCCCUGGCUGAGUUCUCGGUGUUUGGCUCCCUUGUGACCAUUGGUGCUAUGCUUGGUGCCAUUACUAGUGGCCGAAUUUCGGAUUUCAUUGGUCGAAAAGGGGCAAUGAGAUUGUCAGCUGUCUUCUGCAUCACAGGAUGGCUAGCAGUCUACUUUUCGAUGGGAGCUUUGUUGCUUGAUAUGGGACGAUUCUUAACCGGAUAUGGCAUUGGGAUCUUCUCUUAUGUGGUCCCUGUUUUCGUCGCUGAAAUAUCGCCAAAGAAUCUCCGUGGGGGGCUCACAACACUUAAUCAGCUUAUGAUUGUUACUGGUUCAUCAAUUGCAUUCUCCGUUGGAACAAUUGUAUCAUGGAGAACACUAGCCCUGACAGGACUUCUUCCCUGCAUUGUCCUGCUUUUGGGUCUUUUCUUGGUUCCCGAGUCCCCCAGAUGGCUGGCAAAAGUUGGACUCGAGAAAGAAUUCAAAGCUGCACUAAAUAAGCUUCGCGGCAAGGAUGCUGAUGUUUCUCGGGAAGCAGCUGAAAUCGAAGCUUACAUCAAAUCCCUACAAAGUCUCCCAAAAGCAAGGCUGCUGGAUUUGUUUGACAACAAACACAUCCGUUCUGUCAUUAUUGGUGUUGGAUUGAUGGUAUUCCAACAAUUUGGAGGAAUAAAUGGAAUAUCUUUCUAUGCCAGCCAAACCUUUGUUGAUGCUGGGCUUUCUUCUGGCAGCAUUGGAACGUUGGCUUAUGCCAUAGUUCAGGUCCCAAUAACUAUAGUUGGUGCAGUACUGAUGGACAAGUCAGGAAGACGACCUCUUCUGAUGGUGUCCGCAACCGGAACAUUUUUUGGCUGCUUCCUCACCGGAUUAUCUUUCUUCCUCAAGGGCCAAAGCUUGCUUCUUGGUUGGGUCCCAGUACUGGCUGUUUCUGGACUACUGAUCUAUAUUGCAUCGUUUUCUAUUGGAAUGGGAGCAGUUCCAUGGGUCAUUAUGUCUGAGAUCUUCCCAAUACAUGUGAAAGCAGUUGCUGGGAGCUUGGUUGUACUAGUGAACUGGUUGGGAGCUUGGGCAGUUUCAUACACUUUCAACUUUCUCAUGAGCUGGAGCUCUACAGGAACGUUCUUGCUGUACUCUGUGUUCUGUGCCCUCACAGUACUUUUUGUUGCGAAAGUAGUGCCAGAAACUAAAGGAAAAACAUUGGAAGAGAUUCAAGCAUCCAUCAACUCAUAGACAUGGAUGGAAUAGUGAAGAGGAAUUGCAUUUUGAUGAAUAUGAAUGGAACGGAAUGGAAUCCAAGUAAGAUCACAAGAAGGAUGUCUUUGUUGGAAACUGUGUCCAGGUCACUAUGAAGCAUGGCUAAUGAGUAGUUUGGAUGUGGCAAUGGCCGGAUGCAGGAGAGUCAUGGGAAAAUCUUCUACAUUUUGCAGUAAAAUUUUUCUGGGUGGAGCUUUGUCCAUGAACAUAGGAGCUUAGCUUUCUAGUUUCUAUUAUGUAGAGGUGCAGUUUUUCUUUUUCUUUUCUCUUUUCCUUUGGUGAAUUCAUACAAUAACCUAUUGAUUCUUGCCUUGGAGCAUCAGUUGUUUUCAAAAUUUCAUGAUUAUAAAUUCAUCUCAUUUGAAAUUCUUCCCUGCAGUCUGCUGCAUCAUUUUAAUGGGUAUUUUGAAGGGGAUAAAAAAUUUAAGUCCUCACAUGAAUGGGAAAUUGGAUCUUAGACUUCAG